GGCAGCAUCCAGCCCAGCCCAGCCUCAUCAACGUCGUCGUCGCUGCAAGGCUCUGGUGGGUAAGCCUCUCUGUUCUGCCACUGACUGCCAUGAACAACACCAGCCAUAGACUGCGACCCUCCGACCAGUGACUCUAUCUACACGCGCACAUCUGGAACCAUCGCGGCAGGCGGCACUGGAAUUGCCCCGCAUCGCAUCAGCAUCAGCUUCAGCUUCUCACCAAAGCCGCAACCCGCAAGCCCAGCACCGUCACGCAACUCCCAGCAUCGUGGACUUCAGCAGGCGCAAGCCCUUAUCAUAGCCAGGCUCGCCGAGCACCUCCUGCGCCAUGGAGGGGUACCUCCCCAGUGGCGGCUUCCAGCUGCCAUUCCAGCGGCGCCUCAGCAGGCUCUACAAUGACACUAAGAAGUCGUCCGACUUCGUCGUCAAGGAGCCCAUUCAGGUCGAGGAUGACCCCGAGAUCAAGGCCCUCCACCGCAAGUUGCGCAUCCAGAAGGACCGCCUCGUCAGCUGGGGCCUCGAGUGGUCAGAUCCCAACCAGGCCGCCGAGAUCGAUGAGAGCCUCUCCAAGGCCGGCCUCAGCGACCUCGUCGGCAGCAUCAUGGCCACCAUCAAGGACAUCCUGGCCGAGGCAGAGCCAUUAUGGGCCGCUUCCAAGAGGCCAGCCACGAGCAGCCGCGCCUCGGAGAAGUCCAUUGCGGAUCGCAAGUCUGCCCUUGUCGUCUGGGACAAGGGCAGGUUCGAGGACCUGAUCCGCGACCUCACGGCAUCCAUCGACACACUCUGCGACUUGUCACGGACCCGGUCAGCCGGAGGCCUGGACUCAGCGUCUUCGAAAAGUCUGAAGAAGUCGGAUUCCUCGCUUGAGGACCUCAGAGGAUUUGGAUCGACCCGGAUACGGGCGCCCAAGGUCAUCAGCCCAGAGACCUUCCGCGCUCUAGCCCCCAUGCAGCAGCCGUCAUCAAAAGGGUCCGCGUCGCGACCCGUGACACAAGAAAUCGCCGUCAUGGGCAGGCAGGCUUACUCUGACCUCACGAAUCGCUCUGUGAACCAGCCAUGGCUGCCACUGUUGAUCGACUAUGCUCGCUUCGACCCUGUCUACUCUCAGACAGGUGUGAUGCCGGCUCUCUCACGCUUCGAGAAAUUGAGCACCGGCUUGCAAUCCGAGUCUCAAAGAGCACCAGGUGCCUGGAUCGGGUUGCCUCAUCUACUCGGAUACCACGAGGACAUGGAGAACUCGCGUCUUGCCCUCGUGUACCAAUUCCCUUCGGCCUUUCAACCAGUCGUUUUCGACCAGGCCACGCAGGGCCCGGUUAGCAACACCACCACUCUUGCUGAACUGCUCGAAAGGCCAGACUUUGAGCCAAGGCUGGAGGCCAAGUUCAAACUUGCUCACAACCUUGCCAACACCGUGUUCGACAUGCACGCACGGGGUAUUGUGCACGGCAACCUACAAGCCACUGCUAUUUCAUUCUGUAAUGUAGGGAGAGACCCCGGCAUCUCCGACGGUGAGGUCGACAUCCGUCGUCCGCUCAUCACGUCGUUCGACUUGUUCCCAGAGUCAUCGCCGCGGAGGCCAAAGUCACCGGCGCUAUCUCUCUACCGACAUCCGUUGGACCCGCGCGUAACAGCCCAGUCACCUCUGGCCUUGAACGAGGACAACAAGACCCUCGAUCUAUAUUCCCUGGCCAUGAUCCUCGUUUCGAUAGGUCUCUGGACCAGACUCGAGAACCUCACGCCCAGUCGUGACUCGCAAGGCAUCACCGAAUCUGUACUCAAACAGCUUGCCAUCAGAUGCGGCACUCCUUACAUGAAAGCCGCCAAGGUGUGCUGGAACGCAGUUGAGCAGGAGCUUGCGCGGCCCGGCAAGGCUGAUGACAUUCUCGACCACGUCCAGAUCCGGACGUCUCGAUAUCUGGAGGCCUGCUGCAUUUUGGAUGGAGUCAGCGGCCUUGAUGACCGGUUUGGCGACGAUUCCGCUCGGCUGUCACCAACACUCAACUUGCAGACAGAUGUGCCUGUGGGUACACCUACGGCUUCUUCAUCAAAGCCUGCCGAGGCUUCGGGAUAUGAUCUGAAGACGCCGGUGUCUACCAACACGCCAACGUCGGAAUCUGCCGCGGUCAAGAAAAUGCAAGAAGCUGCGGCUGAAGCAAAUGUUCCCUUGAAGCCGGAAUUCCCCGCUACAGAGGCAACAAUGGGCACAGAGCCACAGGCCAAGAAGGAGCGCUCAUCAAAGCUACGAUUAUACCCUCAAGUUACUUUGCCGACCGAGAAAGUCGAAACAUGGAAUACGGUCAUCAUGCCUCAGAUCAACAUGGCCCUCAAGUCAUUCUACCGCAAACACCCAGAGUCCGUCGAGAUCUCCCUUGAAUCAAUUGGCGAGUCACCACAGAAGACAACGCCGACCGUCCUCGUCGUCUGCACAUCGGUGGGCAAGGUCCGCGCCAUCCUCACGAAAAAGCUUGAGCCGUUCUUCGACGGCACAGGUUUCUCCCUCAAGGUGUGCCGGGGAUCAAUGCUGCGCUCCAGAAAGGGCCCGACGCGCAGUAUGGCUCGUGGACAGGGAAACGAGCUGUCUGGAUUUGCCGCGGAAGAAAAGGAGCAGGACCACAGCGCGUCUGCUGCCAAUGCCGACUAUCAGAAGCGGCCACACAACGGCGCGAGCAUCGGUGCUUGGAUAGGAGAUAAGCACCUUCCGCCUGUCAGCUUUGGAGGGCUGAUCAUGGUAGACGACCGGCCAUUUGGGAUGACGGUCCAUCACAUGCUCGACGAUCCUGAUGCGGCACAUCUGAGUAGCAACUCUGCCGAGACCGGCACGGACAGUGUCAGAGCAUCGGCCCCUCCCCACAGAAGUGGCUCCCAUGAUUUGCCGUCAUACUCCCAUGAUGAGGACUGGUCGACAGAUAGUGGUGGCGACGAUUACUCGUGCGAGUUCUCGGACGACGAGUCUAACUAUUCAGCCACCGACCUCACGAGCGACGACGAGGAAGAGGACGACGACGAUGAGUUUGAGCAGUUUGAUGAGCCUGGCGACAUCCCUGGUGUCGAGCCGGGUUGUGGUGAUGGCUAUGUCGUGACCCAGCCCGCUCUGGACGAUGUGGACGAGAACUUCUAUCCCGAAGAGGAGACCAUGGACGAGGACCAUCUUGCCACCUGUAGACUCGGGGAGAUCUUUGCCACCUCGGGCAUCCGCAGGCGCCGGGACGAGAAUUACCUCGUCCACGAGAUCGACUGGGCCCUGUUUGAGUUCCACGACGAUCGGCAGCCUGCGGAGAACUUUGUGCCACGCGCGAGUAUAGAGACCAGCAAGCCCUUGGCGGACCAAGAAUCGUUGCAUCCAUCUACAGUCGUGCCGUUCUCGUCGCUGCCCGGUCUUGAGGUCCAGUGCAUGGCCCGGACGAGUGGGCUUCAGACAGGCCACAUCAUGCCUGCCCUGACCUCGGUCAAGAUAUUCGGACGGCAAUCAGCCAGCCAGACUUAUCAGGUCAGCGGGAGCUCACCAGUAAACCUCAAUCAACCACGAAAUCGUGACCCUCCGCUCGGUAUUCCGGGAGACUCGGGUGCUUGGAUCAUCGAGCGGGCGGACGGUCGUGUCUGCGGCCAUGUACUGGCCUGGAGCCAACGCAAGCAGGUUGCAUAUAUUUGCCCCAUGGAUAUUCUUCUCAAGGACAUUGCCGACACGCUCGAAGCGCGGGAUGUGCGAUUGCCGUGUCCUGGUGAGCUCGAGUCCAAUGUCGUGGAAGAUGAGCUGCCAAUUACAAUGCAGCUCGAGGGCCACAACCCCUGUGAGGAGGUGAAGUUUGAGGGAACAGAGGAGCUGGGCAGUCACGGCAACGACAAGUUUCGUUACACAAAAAUGGCUACUGCGGGCCAGCAGCUGCCGCCACAACAGGAUACACUGCCGCUUGAGCAGGAUGACGCAACCCACCAUGAGCUGGCGCAGGGUGGUUACGGUGGGAAUGACACGGUCGGCGCGCUUGGUAUUGAGCUUGACAGGAUGCAUUUGCACAGCACGGGAGCUCGGUGACACAAUUUGGGAGUUUUCGCGGGACGGGCAUUUCCAGGGAUCUGGGGGGUAACGUUGACAUGUUCAAUCUGCAUGGAGUGAGCAGGGCUGUUGCUUUCAAUUAGCUAGUAGUGUGGUGAUGACGCACAGUAAAUGGAUACCCAAUAACUUUUUUCUCCUGUCGGGACGAACUUACUGUAUUGUCAACAUUGCUUGGUGCGCUGAAGGACCGCUACUUAAGACGCUC